UUUCGGGGUCGCGACCCCAGAGCACGGAGGCUCUUAGUUUGAAAAUGGCUGCCUCGGCAGUACGGGCAACCGUGGCGUUGCGAACGGGUAUUAGUCGUCCCAUUGCUUUUGUCAGGAAAAUUCCUUGGACCGCAGCGGCGAGUGAGCUGAGAGAACACUUUGCACAGUUUGGCCAUAUACGAAAGUGCACUGUACCUUUUAAUAAAGAGACUGGCUUUCAUAAAGGUAUGGGUUGGAUUCAUUUUUCUUCAGAAGAAGAACUUCAGAAUGCACUACAACAGGAAAAUCAUAUUAUUGAUGGUGUAAAGCUCCACGUUCAAGCUCAAAAACCAAAAGUUUUUCAAGGGAAUCAAACAUCUGAUGAAGAGAAAGAUUUCUGAGACUGUUAUGGCCCAUUAAAGUAAACAUAACAAAA